AUGAAAAGUAAAGACCUUCAAAAGGUGGUACUUUCAAAGUACCAAAAAGGUGAUACUCCGAAACAAAUUUAUCAUGAUUUAAACGGUGGACUCGGUUUAAGAACAAUCGAAAGGUGGUGUCAAAUGAUCCGGAGGUCGGGAACUAUCACAUUAUCAAAACCACCAGGUGGCCCUCGUUUGGUUCGAACAAGGGAGAACAUUCAAAAGGUAAAGAACCGGUUACGCCGAAAGAAAAAGGUGUCAGCUCGAAAAAUAUCAAUGGAGCUUGACAUGUCCGAAAGAAGUGUUCGGCGAAUAAUGAAAAACGAUUUAGGGUUAUAUCCCUAUAAAAAAGUAAUCGAACCAUUGCUUUCCGAUGAUCAAAAGCUCAAACGGAAACAAUUUGCAAAUUGGGUUCGAACAAAUUUCCGAAAAGAAGACACUUUGAAAAUCCUCUUUUCGGAUGAAAAGAUGUUCGACAUUGACGGUGUUUAUAAUACCCAAAAUGAUCGAGUGUGGGCAGUAGAUCGUGCUGAUGCCGAUAAAAAUGGUGGCACUCAGCAGAAACGAAAAUUCCCACAAAAAGUAAUGGUUUGGCUCGGUGCCUGUUCCAAGGGUCUCACACCCUUGGUAAUCUUGGAUGAAGGAACAGUCGAUCACACUGUUUAUAUCGAAAAAGUGCUUCCUAUUGCUUUAAAAUAUGGGAAUCAAUUUUUCGGCAGCGACUGGGUCUUUCAACAAGAUGGCGCCAAGCCUCACUCGCAUCAUUUAUUACAAAAAUGGUGUCGAGACAAUUUUCCAACAUUUAUUGAGAAAGACAGAUGGCCACCAAAUAGUCCAGAUUUAAACCCACUGGACUACUCAAUAUGGGAUCAGCUGGCCAACAACAUCAAUUGGAACAAAGUCUACUCAAAAACAACACUCAUUAAGGAAUUAAAAUUGUCGAUUAAAAAAAUUUCUGAAUCUGUUGUUUUUGAAGGUUGUGCGUGUUGGACCAAUCGAUUGUAUCGUCUUUACCAAAAUGAUGGAAUCAUUCCCAAUAUUCCUGCCAAUGCCAACUGGGUACAGAAUGGCGUGACUGUUGCUGGAGGUCACGGACAAGGCAGUGCCGCCGAUCAACUCAGCAGCCCUUGGGAUCUCUUCGUUGAUGAUGAUCAAACAGUGGUCAUCGCUGACCAAGGGAAUCAUCGUAUCAUCCAAUGGAAGAUGGGUGAUACGAAUGGACAAGUCGUUGCUGGCGGCAAAGGCGCAGGAAGUCGAUUGGAUCAAUUGAAUCAUCCAACCGAUGUGUUGAUCGACAAAGAGACGGAUAGUCUCAUUAUUUGUGAUCAUGGAAAUCAACGAGUCGUACGAUGGUCUCGUCGUAGUGGCACAACUCAAGGAGACAUCCUCCUUGAGUACAUCAGUUGUGUCGGAUUAGCCAUGGACGAUCAGAGAUAUCUCUAUGUCUCUGACGACGACAAAUAUGAAGUAACACGAUAUCAACUGGGCGACAAGACUGGAACACUCGUAGCUGGUGGCAAUGGCACAGGUGCUGGUCUCAAUCAACUCAACAAGCCGACCAAUCUCUUUGUCGAUCGGCAACAGACGGUGUACGUGUCAGACUUCAACAAUCAUCGUGUAAUGAAAUGGACUAAAGGUGCAAAAGAAGGCAUUGUUGUCGCUGGAGGUCAAGGCAAAUGGAAUGCUCUGACACGAUUGUAUUGGCCUAACGGACUGUUCAUCGAUACGUUGGGCACACUCUAUGUGGCAGAGCAGGGCACUCAUCGAGUGAUACGUUGGCCUCAAGGAGCGAAAGAAGGCACUGUGAUUGUGGGUGGAACUGAUGCAGGAGUAGGAGCAAAUCAGCUCAGCUGUCCCCACGGUUUGUCUUCCGAUCGACAUGGCAAUCUCUAUGUCGCCGAUUAUAGCAAUUAUCGUGUUCAACGAUUUUCUAUCGAAUAA